AUGGGCAACUGCCAGGCGGCGGAGGAGGCGACGGUGGUGGUGCAGCACCCGGGCGGCGGGCGGGUGGAGCGGCUCUACUGGGCCACCAGCGCCGCCGAGGUCAUGCGCGCCAACCCGGGCCACUACGUCGCGCUCGUCACCCUCCGCGUCACCGAGGGGGGCGGCCAGCAGCAGCGGCGCGGCGCGGUGCGGCUGACGCGGGUGAAGCUGCUCAAGCCCCGGGACACGCUGCAGCUCGGCCACGCCUACCGCCUCAUCGCCGUCGACGAGGUCACCAGGGCCGUGCAGGCCAGGAAGGAGGAGAAGACCAGGCGGGCGCAGCGGCAGCGGCAGCAGGCCGCCGGGGGGCCCGCCUCCGCCGGCGACGACCAGUCCCUCAUGGACGACGGUCUCGAUCAGUUGGAGCAGCAGGACAGGGAUGGCCACCCGGGCAGCUCGACGAAAGGCUCGAGGCAUCGCCAGUGGCGCCCGUCUCUGCACAGCAUCGCCGAAGUCAGCAGCUGA